GUGUAUUUUUUAACGGUAUGUGAGUUUGCGUGAAGUUUAGCUUUCGGAAUCUUUCCGAGUUUUCGAGCAAUUAUCGACUGUUUAGCCAGGAACGCCUGACCAAUACGAGUAUUUCAUGUGCAAUUUUCCACAUGGUGUCUGUAUAUGGCAGAAUGGAUGAAGAAAAAUUAUGUUUAAAACUAGAAUAUGCCAUUUUGGGGCAGGAUCACGAUGGAGUUAAGCAUUUAGUCGAAUUACUAAAAUCACAUGACGAGGAUUCCGAGCUGACAGAAGCUGUCGGGUACUUUGCACAAUGCUUGAUUCUCGGAGAUUAUAUACAUGUCGUCCGUUCUUCUUUGGCUAGAAGAUUACUAGGGAAUGGAACAGAAGCACAAUCACUAGCAGAAUUUGACAAUCAUAUGAUGGAUUGUGUUUUGCAAUUUUUAAAUGAGGAUGGUGGGAGUUCUAGAUUAAGGCAGCUGGUUGCAAUGUUUGUUGGAGUGUCUUACCUUCAACUGUUUGUUCAGCAAAAUUGGUUGGGUCCACCUUUGAUAGAAAACACAAUGGAACUCCUUCCUUCCAGUCUUCGAGGUGAUACAGAGAAUUCUGUUCAAGAGAUAUCAAUUGACAAAUUGAAUAAGGAAGGUCAGUGUAUCUACAAGCUGGUAUUGGACCCUGCCUUUCUAGUCAUAGCUUCCACUCUGCUUGUUGAUGCAAUGGAUAAUUUAGGAGCACAUAAGACAUGUAGCACAUGGGCAUUGCGUUGUAUGUCUGUCAAGCAGCAAUUAAUGGAGGAGCUUUCAAAUGAUGUCAUGGAGAAAACAAUCAAUCUUGUCACUAAAGUUGAAAAUGACAUUUUAUUGAUUGAAGAAAGUUACAAGAAUUUAUGGUGUGAAAUCAUGCUGGAAUUAGGUCAUCUGUCUCUUUAUUACUGGAAAAUUUCACAGGCAAAGGAAUACUUUUCUAAAGUGCAAGAAAAAAUAGGAAUCACCUUCAAUUUAACAGGUGCUCUUGGUAAAAGGACAAAAUUUCAAGAAAAUUUUAUUGCACAGCUUAAGAUCCAAGUUGACAGUAAAGCUUCAAAAGACAAUGAGCCAUCACUUGAUCACCUGGUUGGCCAUGGGUUACCAAAGAAUGUAGCCCUUGAUGAUGACACUGUUCUUGAGUCUGUAAUGUUCAAGGAGCGAGACAAAGUUGUCAAAGAUGUCCAGCUGUUACCUCUAGAGCAAGCCAUGAUGCUGUCACAAUGUGUUUUCUGGAACAAGUCUAAAGCACAUGACAAUCUUUCCUCACAGGAGCUUGUUACCUAUAUAGAGAGUGUCACCAGAUACCCCACCACGUGGUGUGUCCACUUCCUGGCCUUGUUCAUGCGUAGUAAGCUUGAGGAAGAUAAGACCAGGAAGAAACAACGCUCAAUGAUGCAACUCGAGACUCUAGUCAACGCUACAAGAGAAGCCACACCCAAGGCUUCAAGUAGACACUACUUGUUCUACUGUACCCCACUACCGCCAAAAUGGAAAGUCGAGCGUGAAUUAGCGCAGGUGCUGGUAUCAUUGCACGCCUUCAAGAGCGCUCUUGACGUGUUCUUGCGCCUGGAGUUGUGGGAAGAUGUCAUUUCUUGUUACCAAAUUCUCGGCAAGCACGAAAAGGCCGAGAAACUCGUGCGUCAGCAGCUUGCAGUUAAUGAGACUGUCACCCUGUGGUGCCUUUUGGGAGACAUCACCAAGGAAGCUGAGCAUUACGAAAAGGCAUGGGAACUGUCCAAUCAUCGGAGCUCACGUGCCCAAAGGUCCCUGGGACUUCUCCACCUACGAGCUGUUAGGUUUGCAGAAUGCAUCCCUUGUUUCAAGAAGUCCUUAAAGAUAAAUGCGAUUCAGGAUGGCGUGUGGUUUUCCCUCGGGUGUGCUGCCAUGGCAACAAAUGACCUUGAACUUGCCAAUAAAGCUUUCCAUCGCUGCGUCAACUUGGAUUUUUCUAAUGGCGAGGCAUGGAAUAACUUGGCCAAUGUCUGUAUAAAGCUCAAUAAUAAACCAAAGGCUCACUCGGCACUGCAGGAAGCACUCAGGUGUAAAUACGACAGCUGGCACAUGUGGGAGAACUUCCUCCUAAUUAGUAUGGACAUAGGGGCAUUCCGGGACGCCAUGAGAGCGUACCACCGGUUAAUGGACCUUAAGGACAAGUACAAGGACGUCGAGGUGCUGGGUUAUCUGGUUAAAGUAGUGACGGAUGAAGCUCCUGAUGUUAAUGGCGUAUCUGCGUCAAAACUGAGACCAGAACUUCUUCAGCUCAUGGGUCGAGUUACCAGCCAGAUCACCACCAAUGCUGCAAUCUGGAAAAUGUACGCCGACCUGUACAUGAACAAAGACUCUGCUGAGGAUACGGAAAAGGCCUUGGGGUUUCUCGUGAAAGGUCACCGUUGUAGAAGCCAGGACCCGUCUGUCGCUAAUAACGUUUCAGCGCUCAAAGAAUUUGUGAAGGAGACAAUAGAUCUCUCAGACGUCUACGAGAAAGUGGCCAUAGCCAAGGACAGUGCACAAGCCAUUCAGCUACUAUCGUCCGCAAAGAUGUCCAUCAAACAGCUCGUGGCAAAAAUCAAGAAACACCACACUGACGCAGUGACUGGAGGUGUCAUCGACGAGCUAGCAGGCGCAGUCAACGACUUGGAAACUAGGCUGCAACAAGUAACAGAUAGGGUUACGUCAUUAAAAGGCUGAACAGUAGCUGUCAAUCAAAAACCUGACUAUAGUGGUUAUUACAUUUUAUUUUGUAAAAUGGAAACAUCAAACAGGGGUCAGCAGUAAUCAAAUGGCUUGCGGUUUGAUUUACGUUUAUUUACGAAAUAUGAUCGUUUUCAAAAAUAAGCAUAAUACUACUCUA